AUGGCAGAUUUGGACUCUCUGGCUGAGGCCCUAAAUGCCAUUACUGUCAGCACAGAACUUGUAGAGGAGGAGCUAAAGCCUCAUCUGGACACUAUGCUAAACCUUCUUCUGGAGAAAAAAAAAGGCGCUGCAGAGCAGAUUGCCUCCAGUGGAAUACUGCCCACAUUGGCUCAGACUCUGCAGCAGAAGGGCUCCCUUACAUCUCAGGUUACACUGCUGGUGGCCGAGAUAGCCAGAGAAGCUGCUGUGAGAGAGAGGUGUAUCAAGGCAGGCCUGGUAUCUGCUCUGGUGCCUCUACUGAACAGUACAGACCAAGAACUGCUGCUGCAUACUGGCCGUGCCAUUGGACGCAUCUGCUUUGACAACACUGAGCAGCAGACUGAGCUGGUGAGGAGUGGUGUUAUACCCAGGCUGGUUGCUAUUAUGCACCAGUAUCCUGAGAAUGAUCCACUGGUCAAUGUCUGUCUUUUGGCCUUGUGCAACCUCGCUGAUAUGGACUCAGCAAGAGAGGCCUUAUCAGAGGUUGGUGUGUCUGAUGUUUUAACUGCCCAGUUAAAGCGUGCCCCGGAUGCAGAACGUCGUCAUCUUAUCCUGGAGGUGCUGGGAUCACUGGGAGAAAGUGAUGCACUAAAGCUCCAGUUUGUAGAGGGUGGGGUACCUGAAGCUCUUGCUGAGAUGAUUCAGGAAUUGCAGGGUGACUCUGAUCCUCAUGAUCUGUGCAGUAUAAAAAUCGCUUCCAACCUUAUAGUGACACUCCUAUUGGGUGAUGAAUCUAUGCAGAAGUGUUUUGGAGAAGGAACAGGAACUGUGUAUCAAAAUGUUUUAUCUUGGCUGAAAUCCUCCAACACUCAGCUCCAGUUGUCUGGAGCACUGGCCAUCGCCAACUUUGCUAGGAAUGAUAGUAAUUGUGUAAAGAUGAUGGAACUUGGAGUGGUACCUUAUAUCCUGGAUCUACUAGAGCAUCAUGUGGAUGAGGGAGAUGUAUCUGUACAGCACGCAGGCCUGAGCGCUCUCAGAAACCUUGCUAUACCAGCGUCUAAUAAAGUGUGCAUGCUGGAGAACGGCGUGAUCGAGAGGAUCAGGAGUCUUCUGCGCACCGACAUGCCCCCUGUCCAGUUUAAGCUGCUGGGAACUCUGCGCAUGAUGGUGGACGGACAAGUGGAGGCAGCAACAGUGUUGGGGAAAGAUGAGGAGUUACUGGCACGAGUUGUGGAGUGGUGCGAAGCAAAAGAUCAUUCUGGUGUCAAAGGAGAAGCAAAUCGGCUUUUAGCAGCACUUAUCAGACAUAGUCGCUCCCUGGAAGUAAUCCUGGCUGUUAUUAGAGCAAAAGGGGUACAACAUCUCAUCUGUAUGGCGACUAGUGAACAUGUCAUUAUGCAAAAUGAGGCUUUGGUUGCUCUGGCAAUUGCAUCCGCAAUAGAUAUUGAGGUGGUAGAGGAGCCAUUCCAGAAUGCUGAUCUGCUGUCCACUCUGCAGAAGAUGCUGGAGGACCCUGUGGGAGCAGUGGAGGUCAAAUUUAGCACACUUGGACUCAUCUGCAGUUUGGCGAACUCCAGGUCGCUGAAACAGCAGAUGGACGCUCUGAACCUGAAGGACAGUCUGUCCAAGCUUUCUAAUCACACCAGUACCAAGCUGGCCUCACAGGCAGACACAGUGAUGGCUGUGCUGUCGGAGACUGGCUAGACCACCUGUUCAAGUUCUCUAAUGAUCGGAACUACUAAAUAUAAGCACACUGUGUGUCCACUUCAUAUACUACUUACAAAUCAUCCUACAUUUCCAGACAAACUGAAUUAACAAUCUGCCCAUCUGCAAGCUCAGUAGGAAACAGGGUGAUGUAUUUUAAACAAAGGGGCUUGAUUUAGGCUAAUAAACAACGUAACACUGUAUGGCCUUUGGGCUUUUAGCUCAUCUGUGAGUUCUUUGAGUUUAAGGAAACUGAAGGGAUGCAUAAAUAAGGUCACCUUACAGCGUUCAGUCAUAACAUUGAAACCACUGAAGUAAAUAGUAUUUAUUUUCUCAAUACAAAGGCACUUGUCAAUGAAUGGAAUUAUUUAGGCAGCAAAUGAU